AUGGCUACCAGCACAAUACACGGACGUGCAUUCGUUGUGAAGCUCAGCGGGCCUCUGGAUGCGGACCCCCGAGCUGUGAGGAGAAUAACUGUGCACGCCGAAGUACUUAGUGCAGCGAAACUGUACGCCGGCGAUGUCGUCGCGCUUCUUGGCACCAAAAACGAGGCGCAGGAGAGCAAACCGUUUGCUGUGGGAGUAGUAUGGCCGUCCAUGGAGAUCUCUCCUACCGAAAUCGAGGCAUCUUCUACCAUGAUUCAGACAGCGAAGCUCAGCGAGAGCUCCACAGCGCGUAUUGUGCCACUCUCCGGAAAGCAAAUUCCAUACGGCCUUCCGAAUGCUCAAUCCAUACGGGAGGCGUUUUAUGUUAGCCUGAAAGAGGUUCCAUCCCCAGCAUCAGGAGGUGCGAAGGCGGACCAAGGAAGGAGACGAGAGUGGCUUGCACUAUUGUUGAGGGAACUACUCGCCCAACGACAAUCUGACUCCCGAGCAGUCGACUUGAAAUAUGUGACCACCAGUCAGGUUCUCGUCGCAACAUACGAAGGCGUUCCCCGUUCCUUCAUUAUCAGCUCGAUCUCCACCAAUCCUAGGCCUACCGGCCCGUCGAGCACUCGAACCAGGUCCGAACCUCUUGUGUCACCUAGGAUAUCCCAUCCCAUAUGGACAGUCGGAUGGGACACGACUGUCGUAAUAGAAGAUACGCCGACUCGCGCGCUGAAGGCACCAUCAUCACUCGGCACUCCAUGGCCAAUCCCUGCGCCGUUAGAAACUGCCUACAACACCGUUGGAGGGCUCGACAAGCAGAUAGCUCAGAUUAGAGAUCUGUUGGAGAUCCCUUUGACGCGUCCUGAACUCUUCAGGCAUUUUGGGCUUAAGCCACCUCGCGGCAUCUUACUACAUGGGCCUCCCGGAACGGGCAAGACCCAUCUAGCACGUGCCAUUGCUGCGUCUACCCGGUCCUCGGUGAUCAUCAUCAACGGUCCCGAACUGUCGUCGGCAUACCAUGGUGAAACGGAGGCCAGGCUUCGUGGCGUCUUCGAAGAGGCGAGGGAGCAGAGCCCUUGCAUCGUCGUUUUGGACGAGAUUGAUGCCCUCUGUCCUCGAAGGGAGGACAGUAGCGGGGGAGAGGUGGAAAAGCGCGUUGUGGCGACACUUCUGACUAUCAUGGACGGCUUCGAGGUAGAUAACGAAGGGACGGAUGCGGGAACUGUCGGAGACAACGCGACAAUGAGCAGGGUGGUCGUCGUCGCCACUACGAACAGACCUAACGCCAUUGAUCCCGCUUUACGCCGGCCUGGGCGUUUUGACCGGGAGAUUGAGAUCGGUAUACCAGACGCCACUGCCCGGCUUUCCAUCCUCAACGUUCUCCUCUCCCGCACACCUCAUUCCAUCUCGCAGACGGACCUGAAAUCCGUAGCAGCGCGCGCGCAUGGGUAUGUCGGCGCGGACCUCGCCGCGGUCGUACGAGAGGCAGGUACACGCGCCAUCAAACGAUGGCUAUCAUCUCAGCCGUCAUCGAACUAUCCCCUUCGGCCACUGCCAGAUGCACCUGGUGGGCAGGAGUCCAAAUCACUACCUCCCACUCCAGCUACCCCGGAUACGCUUCCGGUUACGGAAGAUGCAUCCCGCAUACCCAACUUUCAUGGGAAUGAUACGGAGUAUCCUCCACCGGACAGUGAUAAGCCUUCUCUCACGCAGGCGGACCUCCUGCUGGCUCUGCCAAGCGUACGCCCGUCAGCGCUGCGGUCGUUGUACCUCCCCGGGACAGAGACUCCAGUCCGCUAUAGUGACAUUGGCGGGCUUUCGGAUGUCGUCCAAAAGCUACGCGAGUGUGUCGAGUGGCCCUUACAGCAUCCGGAUGCUUUCGUGCGGUUGGGCGUCCGUGCGCCUCGAGGUGUCCUGCUUUAUGGCCCGCCUGGAUGUAGCAAGACGAUGCUGGUCAGGGCCCUCGCUUGCGAAAGCGGCGUUAACUUCGUUUCUGUCAAGGGACCUGAACUUCUGAACAAAUUCGUCGGCGAAUCCGAACGAUCUGUCAGGGAAAUAUUCCGCAAAGCGAGGGGCGUAGCGCCUUGCAUCCUCUUUUUCGAUGAGAUCGAUGCCUUAGCGACAUCGCGAUCAACCAACACAUCUUCAGUGACCGAAGGCGUCCUCACCUCCUUGCUGACGGAAAUGGAUGGCGUACAAGAGAUGGGUUUGGGCGUGACCGUCGUCGCUGCAACGAAUCUGCCUGACGCUAUCGAUUCUGCGCUCAUGCGCCCCGGACGUUUGGACCGCCUCAUCUAUGUUGGACCACCUGAUAGAAAUGGGCGCGAAGAGAUCCUCCGUAUUCGUAUGCGAAACAUGAGUGUUGGUCCCGACGUCUUGGACCGACUUUCCGAGUUGGCAGCCGCUACCGAUGGUUGUUCCGGCGCCGAGCUCGUCGCGCUCUGUCAAGAAGCCGCGCUUAUGACGAUGAAAGAGAACAUUGAAGCUCCAUAUGUUCCUUUCAGAGCAUUUCUCGCAGCCGCCCAGGCGUCGAGGAGACAGAUCACACCCGAUAUAGUGCAAAAAUACGAGAGAUGGGGAACGUUGCUCUAG